GAUUUUUUAAUGGCGAACUUCCUUUUCCGGUACUGUAAGCAGCAAUGGGUAUCGACAUAAACCAUAAACACGAUCGCAAGGUCCGUCGUACCGCUCCGAAAAGCGAAGAUAUAUAUCUUCGCCUUUUGGUCAAGUUGUAUAGAUUUUUGGCUCGUCGAACCAAUGCUAAAUUUAACAAGAUUAUCCUAAGACGCCUUUUCAUGAGCAAAACCAACAGGCCACCAAUGUCCCUUGCUAGCUUGGUUCGUCAGAUGAAGGAUAAAAGUAGAAAAGAUUUGACUGCCGUCGUUGUAGGAACAAUUACUGACGAUUUGAGAAUUAUGAAGAUUCCCAAGCUUAAAAUCUGUGCAUUGAGAGUUACUGAUGGAGCUCGUGCCAGAAUUUUGAAGAGCGGUGGUGAAAUCAUCACUUUUGAUCAGCUUGCACUGAAAGCUCCGAAAGGAAAGAAGACUGUUCUGUUGCAAGGAAGAAGAAAGGCUAGAGAGGCAUACCGUCACUUCGGUCCAGCACCAGGUGUGCCACACAGCAAGACUGCUCCUCAUGUUAGAUCGAAAGGAAGAAAAUUCGAAAGAGCCCGUGGUCGCAGAAAGAGUCGUGGAUACAAGAACUAA